CAUUGCCCUCCACGUGUUUGAUUAAGUCACAAACAGAAGAGAAGAAACUGAGGAGAGAAAAAUAUAUGAUCAUAACCUAAACAAUGUUGUUGAAGACCAUAAUCACAAACCUUCAAUGGGCACCCAAUCAAGAAAAACGUACCCAACUCGUCCCCCCUCCUUCUACCUCGCCCGCUGCAUCCCCCUCUUGGUCUUCCUCUUUGUCUUCGCCUUCCUCUUCUUCUUCAACAUCGAUACCUUUGUUUACCGCACCAAGUCCAUCGCCCUCAACACCUUCACCGAACAAUCCCGCCUCCUCAUGAAGGCCGAGGGCGGUACCCUCCACCGCGACUUUGACAUCACAUGGGGAGACGGCCGCGGCAAAAUCCACAACAACGGUGGCCUCCUCACCCUCUCCCUAGACCAAAACUCAGGCUCUGGGUUUCGGUCCAGGAAGGAGUAUCUCUUCGGGAAAAUAGAAAUACAAAUCAAGCUCAUCGCGGGAAACUCUGCUGGCACCGUCACCACUUACUACUUAUCCUCGGAAGGCGAAAACCACGACGAGAUCGAUUUCGAGUUUUUAGGAAAUUCAAGUGGGGAUCCCUACACCCUUCACACCAAUGUGUAUUGCCAAGGCAAAGGAAAUAGAGAACAACAGUUUUACUUAUGGUUUGACCCCACUUUGGAUUUCCACACUUAUUCCAUCAACUGGAACCCCAAAAGGGUUCUUUUCUAUGUUGAUGGGACCCCCAUUAGGGAAUUCAAAAAUUUGGGCUCAAAUGGAAUUCCAUUUCCCAAGAACCAGCCCAUGAGGGUGUACUCGAGUUUAUGGAAUGCCGAUGAUUGGGCCACGAGGGGCGGGCUCGUGAAAACGGACUGGACGAAAGCACCCUUUACGGCUUCGUACCGGAACUAUAAAGCCGAGGCAUGCGUUAUGUCGGGCGGAUUAUCGUCUUGUGGUACUAAGUUUUCGAAUUUGAACUUAACGGAGAAUUCGUGGGUCACAGAGAAGCUAAAUUCAACGGGCUUGGAGGGAUUGAAAUGGGUGCAGAAGAACCAUAUGGUGUAUAAUUAUUGCGUGGAUAAAAUGCGGUUUCAAGAGGGACUCCCUCCGGAAUGCAAGACGUCGUCUUAGGAAAGUGAGAAAACAAAACCCACAAUGUAGUUUUUUUUUUUUUGGAAAAAAAAUAUUCAUUAAAACUCAACAAAGAAUGCAUCGAGAAAGGACGAUACCUUGAACUCAAGCACCAUUCAUGUUGGUCUAGAUUAAUUUGUUUUUAAUUUUUGUAAUUUAGUGAAUUGUAAACUUCGAUUAUUUUUUUUUUCUUUUGAAU